AUGUACCAUUUGGGACUUUUUGGGUGCCGGCCACCAGUUGAACCAUUCCCAGUCGAGCUGGAGGAGGUUACAAUGGAGCAGGUCGAGAUGCUUGGGAAGCUCCCCGAUCGCUGGUGGAAUGAGUGGGAGGCCAGAAGCGACUGGUUUGAUGAAGAUGGUCGCAAGAACGUGAGAGAAGACCUGCAGCAGUGGUAUGGGAAUACACAUAGGGAUUGGGAGACGCGGUUUGCCGAAUACAUACGAGAGCCGCGGGAGCGUCACGGGUUUGAAUUCUUCUCAGCAGAAGAGGAGGUCGGUUUCCGGGGUAUGAUAAACUUCAUGUUAGUCCUGGAGCCGAGCAAGAGAGCUACCAUUGACGGGGUUGUUGAGUGCGAAUGGAUGCAGCGAUGGGGGUUGCCUGAAUGGCGGAGAAUGCAAGAAACAAUAUCCCAGCACACAUAG